AUGGACGAGGGCACCAUCGCCCUCGAGACCCCAACAGACGGCGUCUUCGUACCGCCAUCCAUCCACAAGUCGAGCACCCUCUCCGGCGAUUCCUAUACACACUUUUCCCCCGUUCCCGCAUCUCUCCUCCCCUCAACCACCACCGACUCCAACUCCAACUCCAACUCCAACUCCAACAAUGACUCCUCCUCCUCCUCCUCCUCCUCCUCCCCCAAAGGCGUCCCCUGCGUCCUCGGCGUCGACGAAGCCGGCCGCGGCCCCGUCCUCGGCCCCAUGGUCUACGGCGUCUUCUACCUGCCCACCACGCUCUCCGACUCCCUCCUAAAGGAAACCCACCACUUCGACGACUCCAAAGUCCUGACCCCCGCCGUGCGCUCCGACCUCAUGCGCACCCUCUGCACCGCCGCCACCGACCUCGCCACCUCGUGCGGCUGGGCCGUAUCCUGCCUCUCCGCGCGGGACAUCGGCGCGCGCAUGCAGCGCCCGGCAACCUCAGCCCCCUACAACCUCAACGCCCAAGCCCUCGACGCCACCAUCGACCUCAUCCGCGGCGUCUUCGACCGCGGCGUCCACGUAACCCACAUCUACGUCGACACCGUCGGGCCCCCCGCCACGCACCAGGCCAAGCUCGCCCGCGUCUUCCCCUCCGUCAACAUCACCGUCGCCAAGAAGGCCGACAGCCUGUACCCCUGCGUGAGCGCCGCCAGCGUCUGCGCCAAAGUCACCCGCGACGCCGCCCUCGAGGUCCUGUACGAGGCGCGUGCCGAAGCCGACCUAGACUCCGAAGCCACACCGACACCGGCGGAGCCAGGCUGGGGCUCCGGCUACCCGUCCGACGCCCGCUGCGUCACCUGGCUGCGGCGGAACAUGCACCCCGUCUUCGGCUGGGGCCCGGAGUGCAGGUUCAGCUGGGGCACGGCGAAGGACAUGCUGGAGACCAAGGGCGGCGUCAAGGUCGAGUGGCCGGUCGACGAGGACGACGAGAACACGCGGCUCACGACUUACUUCAACGCCACGGACAAGGAGAAGGACGCCGAUGAGCUCGGUUCUUGGUUUGGUGCGCCUGCAGAUCUAGAGGCUUUUUGA